UUCAAAUAGUAGGCAUACACAGAACAUCUCUUUUUUAAGACGACAAAAUGUUGCGGCAGAAGCUUAAAAACUAUUUACCGUCUGUUUGGGAACAGCAACUGCGUCUCGUCCAAACUGCCAAGAAAGCGGGAGGUAGCAAAAAGCUGGGUCCCGAUAGGCCUCCCAUUAUCGAUCCGCCCAAGGGAUAUGAGCCCAAUUGCAAGACCAAAUUUGGUCCGCUGGACGAUUGUGAUCGUGUGUUUCAGAAUCUCUAUGGACGCCACGAUUGGCGCUUGCAUGGAGCAUGCCAACGUGGGGAUUGGCAUCGCACCGCUGAGUUGCUGGAGCAGGGUCCCGAAUGGAUCAUGAAGCAGGUAAGCAAGAGUGGAUUGCGCGGACGGGGAGGAGCUGGCUUCUAUGCCGGACUGAAGUGGGAAUUUCUACGCCAGACCAAGUCCGAGAAGGUGCCCAAAAUGGUCAUCGUGAACUGUGCAGAGGGAGAGCCCGGAACCUGCAAGGACCGUGAUAUCCUGCGACAUGAACCCCACAAACUGAUAGAAGGUAUCCUUCUGGUAGGUGUGGCCAUGGGAUGCGGUAGAGCCAUUGUGUACAUUCGAAAUCGCUUCUACAACGAGGCCUGCAACCUGCACUUUGCCUUGGCGGAGGCCUAUCAUCAUGGUUUGUUGGGAAACAGUGUCUGUGGCACGGGCAUCAAAUUCGAUGUGAUGGUCCAGCGUGGAGAUCGUUACUUAUGUGGCGAGGAAACCGCCAUGAUCAACUGUUUGAUGGGUAAACUGGGAAGACCACGACGUCGUCCGCCCUUCCUUACGGAAAAGGGCUACUUCGAGCAUCCCUGUUUGGUGAUCAAUGCCGAGUCGAUUGCAGUAGUGCCCACAAUUCUGCGAAGAGGUUCCCAGUGGUGGGCUGGAUUGGGUCGCAGUUACAACACGGGAACCAAACUUUACUGUCUCAGCGGUCAGGUGAAUAAUCCCUGCACUGUGGAGGAAGAGAUGUCCAUACCCCUGAAAGACCUUAUAGAACGACAUGCUGGUGGAGUAAAAGGUGGUUGGGACAAUCUCGCAGCAGUAUUUCCAGGUGGUUUGUCCACACCAUUGUUGGAUCCAUCAACAGCCGGAAAGGUUCUCAUGGAUUUCGAUAGUUUGACGGAUGCAGGCAGUGGUUUCGGGUGCGGAGCGGUUAUUGUGAUGACCAAGGACUGUGAUCCUCUGGCAAUAAUGUUGCGAUCAAUUCAGUUUUUCGAGAAGCACACUUGCAAACAGUGCUCCUAUUGUCGCGAUGGUGCCAUAUGGCUGCCGGAGAUAUUCGCCCGCUUUGUUAAGGGUCAGACACAUCCCCACGAGAUCGAUUGGACGCUGGUCAUUGCCGAUAAAAUGAGGAAUAGUAAGCCCAUUUGCGCACUCGCUUAUAGCCAAGUCAGCGUGGCCGAGAGUUUGGUUCGAAUGUUUAGCCGGAAGAUCGAGGAACGCCUUUUAAAAUAUGCCAAGGGUUCUUAAUAUAAGCAGACUAUAGAAAUUCGUAUUCAUUUAUUGAUUUUAGGUAAAUUGAAAUAAAUUCUUAAUAUCUUGG